CGUCAUACCUUUUCCUCCACAUACCCCCGUAGGUACACAGAUGCAAUCCUAGAGAAUAGUUUCUUGAUGGCCAGGAUCAACGUCAUUUGGUCCAGGUUGGCCCAAAUCUCAUUCGUGGUUCGGCCGUUUAAAGCCCUGGCAAGACCCAUGGAUGAGGGACCACCCGUCAUCCCUAAUAUAGUUGGAAGUAAACAAUUAUUUUCCGAAUCUGCCUCAAAUCAGCCCUACGAGAUCGCGACUCAAUAAUACCGUGGUUCCCUUCAAAUUGGAACCCCCGCGUGUGCUCCAGAUCACGAUUAAACGUGUCGGCCGUGGGUGUGACAUCAGCGGGUCGCGGGGUCAUCGGACGUUGGCUUAUGUCGUAUGCAUGUGCUGCUCAGCCCCCACAACGCUUCGCUGCCUUCUCAAUGAUAGUAACUUGCAUUCUUUCUCUUUGAUUUGCCUCAUCCUCCUGAUUUUACAUUGUGGAUGAACACUGGGACCUGUGAAAGUCCUGGUGUGCGCCGGCGCUGGCUCCGACGUGUUAAAAGCCCCGCAAACGCAGUCUUGCCCCGCCGAUCUUGAUAGCCGCUUUCCUCGCCCGAUUUACACUCCAGCACGCAAAGCAACGGUCGAACGCAAACCUGGAAAUCGAUGCACAUAGUCACUCGAAUCUAUAAUUCUCUUUCCAGGCUCUAGUCCUUCUUUACUUCCGAUUCCAGCUAUGUCUCGGCGGGCGCCGCCCCGCGAGUACUAUGAGGAGGAGGAAUUCGAGGCCGAACGGGAGCGAGAUCGAUAUCCACGAUCACGCAGACGAGAGCGCGACUUCGACGAAGAUGUUGAGUAUCGGCGACGCAGAUCAAUGCCUCCCAUCGAAGAUCUAGAGCACAUGCAUAUCCGGGACCGGCCCCCACGCGACCUUGUUCGAGAGAGCUUUGCCCCGCCAAGAGACCGGGGUGGUCCCCUGGUGAGAAGAGAGAGGGAUGAGCUGGAUGAGCCAGGACCGGGGCCUGACCCGGAGGAGGUUCGGGCGCGCUCAUCACGCCGGCGUGGAAGCCAGAGUCACCGACCUCGCGAAGUCGUCGAGGAAGAGGAGUCUGAGUUGAUGAUCGGUGGACGGGAAAAACGUGGAAGUCGACGAUCCCGAAGACCACGCGAUCUAGAUGACGAGGAUAUGGUGAUUCGACACCGAGAGCGGGCUAGCGAGGGGGACCUGAGACCGAUGGAGAAAGUGUACGAGGACGAGCGGGAGGAGGUCUAUUUCAGGGCAUCAUCUAGACCACGACGCAGACCGUCGCGGCGCGAGGUCGAAUUCGAGGAAAGAAUCAUUGACGACAGAGAGCAAGAACGGCUGCGGGGACCACGGCACCGCGGAGAAGCGUCAUUCGAAGAAGACCUUGUUAUGCAAUGGAAGGACCGACCGACGCCCCGAGAACUGGAAGAAGAGGACGAGAUACGCCUGCGGGAAACGAGACGACGGCGUCGGCCCAGCCAGCCAGAGCCGGAAUAUGUUCGGGAGCCACCACCAAGAGAGCCACCUGGGGCAUGGCCCGCUGAGAGGGAAGUUGAAGAAGAGGAGAUUCGUAUUCGCGAACGGAGGCGCUCGCGACCGAAGCGCCGGGAAGUCGAGGACGAAGAAGACAUUGUUCUCCGUCGCGAGGAGCGAGAUCGGGAACGUGGCAGGGAUAGUGCCGAGAGUGACGAGAUACUGAUUCGAAAGAGCAAGCGAAAAACGCCACGAGAACCGUCACUGUCUCCGGAGCCUAUUCGGGCUCCUCCAAUUCACCAGGAUGUCAUCACACACCACCGUCAUGUUGAUCACGGUUUUGAUACAGUUCGUCCACCGCGAGCACCCAGCCCAGAAAAAACUUCUACUAGGAGGAGCUUUGAGGAGAUAGAUAUCCGUCGUAGCAAGAAAGGACAUCGAGGCCGCAAGUCCCAAGAGGAAAUUGUCUUCAAACAUCGUGAAACACAGGAAUCCCUGUCACCGACCAGUGGCCCAUCCCUCGAUUUCACCGAUCCAUGGAAGCCGGACCGUCGACCCUCACGUCGCAACCGCAAGUCGAGAUCCCUGGAUGACGAUGAGGACGACGAUAGCGACUCCUCAGUCGCCGGAAGCUCCCAUACUCCUCUGCGCCGGGAUCUCGCUCGCGAUAUUGCCCUCGAAGCCGAACUUGAAGCCGAGAUCGAGGAGGAGAUAAAAAUACACAAGGAACGAUCAAGACACCGCUCGCAUAUCGAGAAGAUCUCCAAAGAGACCGCCGACGAAUGGUCCGUCGUGCAUACGCCCUUGAAAGAAGACACGGUCGAAACGAUCGGGGCUCUCGAGGUAGUGGAAGUUGCACCCAAGGGCGCCGUAGAAGAGGAUCUCGAAAUUCGGGGCCGUGUCGAGCAGCAGGUCGUGAAGGAGCGCCGUGAUGAGCGCUGGACGGAGAUCACCAAGGAUUUGGUGGUUCGCGAAGCCAUCGAACGGCUGGGGUACGAAUUUGAGGAGACAAGGACAUUCUAUUAUAUCUUCACAUUUUUGGAACCGGCUGAAAUUGAUCACCUUGUCGAAUUGUCCGAUGAAAUACGUCACGCCAGGCGCCGACGUAUCAGGGAGAUGCAGCGAGAGCGAGUAGAAAAGCCACCACGACCUAUUUACGAGGGAGAUAGGCUACCUCCUCGUCCGCGGAUGAUGGGAAAGAGGCAUAUAAGAGAGCGAGAGUGGAUUCUCGAAGAGCGGAGGUGAUAUGGCGACAGUUUGAUAUCUGGUGCCAGUUUAAUAACGACUUAUGAUUGACAUUUGCAUAGCCAUGAGUUUUUUUUUCUACAUAUAGCUCAACUUAUGAAUACUUUUCGGACAGA